AUGAGUGAACCUGAUAAGAUGGAAGUAGAUUCGGAAAACAUAACACCUGCUCCAUUAGAACAACAACUAGUACCUGAAGAAGAACAAAAGCAAACUCAAAGGAAAAGAUUUGAGAUUAAAAAAUGGACUGCUGUAGCAUUCUGGUCAUGGGAUAUUGCAGUGGAUAACUGUGCCAUUUGUAGAAAUCAUAUUAUGGAACCAUGUAUUGAAUGUCAACCGAAAGCUAUGACUGAUACCGAUAAUGAAUGUGUUGCCGCGUGGGGGGUCUGUAAUCAUGCUUUCCAUUUACAUUGUAUCAAUAAAUGGAUCCAAACAAGAGAUGCUUGUCCACUAGAUAAUCAACCUUGGCAACUAGCAAGAUGUGGAAGAUAA